AUGAUAAUUAGUGGAACUAUUAGUUAUUUAUUUGGUCAAAAACCAAUACCUCUGCGAGUGAAGAUAAAUCGAGUUAUUGAUUAUUAUUAUUAAGAAGAUAAGGAACUUUUUUUGAAUUAAUGCGAAAUUUAUGAUGGAGAGCAAAAGGCAACUAUUUACAUUGAACAUCAAUUUAAACUCAAUUCUUAGAAUGUUCAGUUAUAUCACCCUCUUUUGGAGAUUAUUUAAUUUAAAAAGGAAAAAGAAAAAGUGAUUGUAGAAAAAUUUUUAAUAGAAAAAGUAUUUUACUUAAGCUAUUAUAGUUUAAUGAAUUCGAAAUAAAUUUAGAUAAAUAUGUAUUAAAUCAAGAAUUUUAAUAUGUGGAUGGAUCAUAAAUUGAUUAAGAAUUAAAAGGAAAGUAGUAUUAUAACGUCAAAGCUGUAGUUAUUAAAAUAAAUCUUAGAAAAACAAAUACUGGUUCCCCCUAUUUGAAAGUAUAAAUAGCUUAACAUAUCACUCAACAUUAAUACAUAGUAAUUAUUUUUGAAAAUCGAUUUAAUGGAUUUCAAACAAUUAAUUUGAAAGAAGGUGAGGAUUAUAUUUUUUACAAUAUUAAAAGUGAAAUUUAUGAGUAAUAAGACAUAAUUAACACAGUUUUUACUUAAGGAGAAAUAAGAUUAUAUGUUGAAAAAAUUACUAAAAUAGAUCAUAUAAAAUAAGAAUUAAAAUAUGUUGAUUUCAAUAUAAUAAACUACCAAAAUAGUUCAAAAUAUUAUGAUUUUUUAGGUUAUACUUUAAAAAUCAAUACUAAUAAUCCCUAAUAUCAAAUAUUAACUCUUAUUAGUAUUCAAAAAGUAAAAGUAUAUGUUUUAAUUCCAAAUCAAUUUUGCAAGCUUAUUUCAUUUGGAUUACAAUAGGAUAAGUUCUAUGGAUUUAAAAAUGUAAAAAUUAUAAAAUAUUCUUAUCGAUUUGUUCUUUUGUUUAAUGGAUAGUCAUCUUUGAUUCCAAAUUUAAAUAUUCUCCCUAAAUAAAAAUUCCAAAGAUAGGACUUUUUAUAAUAUACAAAGCUCUAAGUUUAAUUAAAAUGUUCAAGUCUUGAAGACUUAAAAAGCGACUUUAUUGAUAAAAAAUUUUAUUAUAUUAAAGCUGAAAUAUAAUCCAUCAAAAUGGUAGCUUGUUAAAAUAAAGAUUAAGUCAAUUUAGAUAUUACGUUUUCAAACAGCUAAAAUUGUUAAAUUAUUGUUAGAGUUGACAUUUAUAAGCAUAUUGUCAAGAUUUUAAGUAUUAAUUCAUAUAAAUAAGGUUUGGAGGAAUAUAUUAAGGAUACUUCGGCAAAGGCAUUUAAUUUAUUAACCAAUCGAUUACAAGAACAUAUUUUAAAAAAUGCUCUAGGGGAUCAGAUAGAUUGUAUAGUUUAGGGACUUAAAAGUGAUUCGAUAAACGAAAAAUAAAGUCGUUUUAGAAUGGUCAAAAUUUUUCAAAUAACUAACCUUAAGAAAAUAAAACAAGAGUGA